CCAAUCCCAAUCCGCGGUUGUGCUGAAAGACGGUUUCACAGCUACGGGUCCCCACCAUCGAGCGACUACUCGUUCCUGCGGACGUACUCAGUACCCACUUCUCCGUCAGGAUCCUACGAGUCGUCCGGAACCUAUUCGAAGUUCAAUAGACAAGCGAGCCGAGGGGGUUGAUCAGAAGGAACCACUCUAAAGUCUUCGUAUCGCCUAGCGACGCUCGCAACGUAGGAUUACAGCAGGAUUAUCAUGGCGUCUUCAUCUACGCUCGCCUUCACUCCCAUUGAGGAGAUUGAUAGGAUUCACGCCCGCCUCCACGCGGGUUUCAAAACCGGCACCCUGAAGUCUCUCGGAAAACGCCAAGAUCAGCUUCUGCAGCUCGCAUACAUGCUCAAGGAGAACCAAUCGGCGUUUGAGGAGGCCUUGGCGAAGGAUCUCGGUCGUCCAAAACUGGAGACCAACUUCCUGGAGGUCGCUCCCCUGAUCAACGAAGCUGUCAAGACGAUCAAAGACGUCCCUAAAUGGGCCGCGCCGGAAAAACCGCCGUUCAAUAUCAACUUUUUCGCUAUGAAACCCGUCAUCCGUAAGGAGGCAAAGGGCGUUGUUCUGAUCAUCGCUCCGUUCAACUACCCAUAUUUCCUCACCAUCGGGCCACUCAUCGGCGCAAUUGCAGCAGGAAACGCAUGCGUCGUCAAACCAUCCGAGCUCACGCCGACCUGCUCGCAGCUGAUGGCUGAUUUGUUCCCAAAAUAUCUGGAUCCGGACCUGUACGCCGUUGUGAACGGUGCCAUCCCCGAGACGACCCGUCUUCUUGAACUGAAGUGGGACCACAUCCUGUACACCGGUAACAGCAGGGUAGCGAAGAUCGUGGCUAAAGCUGCGGCGGAACGUCUCACGCCCGUUUCGCUCGAGCUGGGUGGAAAGUCGCCCGUUUUCGUUGAUCCCAACUGCGACCUCAAGAUGACCGCGCGAAGGCUGUUAUGGGGAAAAGUGGCCAACGCUGGUCAGACGUGCGUCGCGCCAGACUACGUCCUCGUCCCGCGCGAGUUCCAGGAUACGCUCGUCAAGGCGCUCGAGGAUACAUAUAAGGAUUUCUAUCCUGAAGGACCCGCCAAAUCCGACUCCUUCUCUCGUAUCGUUUCCGGAAAUCAUUUCAAUCGGAUCAAGAAGCUCCUCGACGGCACCCAGGGACAAGUCGUGCUCGGUGGCGACACGAACGAGGGCGACAGGUACAUCGCACCGACUGUCGUGAAAAAUGUGCCUACGUCCGACUCGCUCAUGUCCGACGAGAUAUUCGGGCCACUCCUUCCGAUCGUUCCUGUCAAGGACUUGGAUGAGGCCAUCGCUUUCGUGAACAGCGGAGACCAUCCGCUGGCGCUCUAUGUGUUCUCCAACGAUGCUAAGACCAAGAAGAAGGUGUUUGACAGUACGCAGUCAGGUGCAGCAUGCGCCAACGAGCUCAUCAUCCAUAUCGGAGCGGAAGGCUUGCCAUUCGGUGGUAUUGGACCGAGCGGCACUGGCUACCACACGGGCAAAUUCACCUUCGACAUGUUCACGCAUCUCCGCGCAAGCAUCGACUCUCCUGGCUGGAUCGACAUGAUCCUCAACUUCCGAUUCCCGCCGUACACGGCAAAGAAGGAACGGGCGCUCGCGCGCAUGUUCCCGACGAAACUGCCUAGACGCGACGCGUACUCGAGCGCAAAGUCGCAGUGUUAGUGGCGAGGAGGAACGGUAAACUGAGAGUAUGAGGUAUUAUUAUUUUUGGCUUGCACAUUGGGAUGGAACACUUUGGCCCUCGUGAGAUAAACUCUGCGUAUAGCUAUCGACGGCUAACGACGAACGCGGAAGAACUCAUUCGUGCUGCGUGGUUUCUGUAGCCAUAUCGCGAGUUCCUGUCUUGAUAACCAUAUUCGUAUGUAAC